AUGGCUCAUUACAAAGGUGCAGCUUCAGAAGCUGGAAGGGCAAUGCAUUUAAUGAAAAAGAGAGAAAAGGCUCAACAAGAAAUCGAACUCCGAAAGAAGAAAAUUGAAGAGGAUCUCAAGAUUGAUAACAUUGAAAAUAAAUUCGCAACACAUUACGACGCUGUGGAACAGCAAUUGAAGAGUUCUACAAUAGGACUUGUUACACUUGAUGAAAUGAAAGCUAAACAAGAACACAUAGUCCGUGAAAGAGAAAAAAAACUUGCCCAGAAGAAAGCCGAAAAGGAAAAGGAGAGACAAAAAGAAAUAGAAGCAAAACAAGCUCAAAAGAAUAAGCAAAAGAGACAGAUACAAGCUCUGUCUUUUGAUAUAAAUGAUGAAGAAGAUGAUGAUGAUGAUAGCAAAGAAGAAGAAAUACCUGAAGUUGAUUGGAAGGAAAAACCCGAAGUGCCUGCAAAAAAAAUUCGUAAGAACCCAGAUGUUGAUACAUCAUUUUUACCAGAUAGAGAUAGGGAGGAAGCGGAUCUUAAGCUAAGGGAAGAACUAAGAUUAGAGUGGGUUAUGACUCAAGCCAGUCUCAAGGAUGAACCGAUAACUGUCACAUUUAGUUACUGGGAUGGAUCAGGCCAUAGAAGAAAUGUUACCCUAAAAAAAGGAAACUCUAUAUACCAAUUUUUGCAAAGAUGCUUAGACACUUUAAGACCAGAGUUUAGUGAACUGAAAACAGUAUCGGCUGAUCAACUAAUGUAUGUGAAGGAGGAUUUAAUUUUGCCACAUCACUAUACUUUCUAUGACUUCAUCGUUACAAAGGCAAGGGGUAAAAGUGGGCCUUUAUUCCAAUUUGAUGCAUCUGAUGAUAUAAGACUUAUGAAUGAUGCCUCUCAGGAAAAGCAAGAUUCACAUGCAGGAAAAGUCCUUUUACGGUCAUGGUAUGAAAGAAAUAAACACAUAUUUCCUGCAUCUAGGUGGGAACCCUACGACCCUACAAAAACUUAUUCCAAAUAUACCAUCAAAGGGAAAUGA